CAUCCCUUUCUUUCCAUUUGUUUGACAUUCCUUUCCCACUCCCACGAAUCAGGCCUUUCUAAAUCCCGUCCGAAGGUGCCUUAAGAUUCCUCCAUUCUAUAGCACUGUUCAGCAAUGGCGACCUUUUCUCGGAAGAUGAUGCUUUCUCCAGCCAUGCGGAGAAGAUGGCAGUUGCUGCAAAGAGUCAUAGACGAUGCGAAUCCAAACACUUGCAGAGGAUUCACGACCAUGGAAGGUCACCGCCCCGCCAUCGUACACAAGCGCAGCCUCGAUAUCCUCCACGAUCCGUGGUUCAAUAAGGGAACUGCCUUCUCAGAGACAGAACGUGAUCGUCUUCAUCUUCGCGGGCUUUUGCCUCCAAAUGUCAUGUCUUUUGACCAGCAAAUUGAUCGAUUCAUGGCUGACCUAAGGAGACUUCAAGUCCAAGCAAGAGAUGGUCCAUCUGAACCAAAUGCAUUGGCCAAGUGGCGUAUACUCAACCGCUUACAUGACAGAAAUGAGACAUUGUAUUAUAAGGUUUUAAUUGAAAACAUUGAGGAAUAUGCACCUAUAGUUUAUACUCCUACAGUUGGUCUUGUUUGCCAAAAGUACUGUGGGUUAUUCCGACGUCCCAGGGGCAUGUAUUUCAGUGCUGCAGAUCGUGGGGAAAUGAUGUCUAUGGUUUAUAAUUGGCCUGCCGAUCAGGUUGAUAUGAUUGUUGUAACCGAUGGAAGUAGAAUAUUGGGGCUUGGAGAUCUUGGAGUUCAAGGAAUUGGUAUUGCAAUUGGAAAGCUGGAUCUCUAUGUGGCAGCUGCUGGAAUCAACCCUCAAAGAGUCUUGCCUGUGAUGAUAGAUGUUGGAACUGACAACAAAAAUCUUCUCAAGGACCCCUUAUAUCUAGGACUGCAAGAGAACCGUUUGGAUGGAGAGAAAUAUGUUGAAGUAAUUGAUGAGUUUAUGGAGGCUGUGUUUACACGUUGGCCAAAUGUGAUUGUACAGUUUGAAGAUUUCCAAAGCAAGUGGGCCUUUAAGCUACUACAACGUUAUAGGAACAACUACAGAAUGUUUAAUGAUGAUGUGCAGGGAACAGCUGGAGUUGCAAUCGCUGGUCUUUUAGGAGCUGUAAGAGCACAGGGCAAGGCCAUGAUUGAUUUUCCAAAGAUGAAGAUUGUGGUUGCUGGUGCCGGAAGUGCUGGUAUAGGUGUUCUAAAUGCUGCCAGGAAAACAAUGGCGAGAAUGUUAGGAAAUAAUGAAGUUGCAUUUGAAAGUGCUAGGAGCCAGUUUUGGGUAGUUGAUGCCAAUGGACUGAUUACCGAGGCACGUGAAAAUGUUGAUGAAGAUGCUCGCCCGUUUGCUAGGAAGAUAAAUGAAAUUCAACGUCAAGGAUUGAGGGAAGGUGCUAGUCUAGCAGAAGUGGUUCGCCAAGUAAAGCCUGAUGUACUCCUUGGUUUAUCUGCUGUUGGAGGCUUGUUCUCACAUGAGGUACUCAAUGCACUUAAGGAGUCAACCUCUACGAGACCAGCGAUCUUUCCAAUGUCAAACCCUACAAAAAAUGCUGAGUGCACACCUGAGGAAGCGUUUGCCAUUGUUGGUGACAAUGUUAUAUUUGCAAGUGGAAGCCCAUUCAAAGAUGUGGAUCUUGGAAAUGGACAUGUUGGUCACUGCAACCAGGCAAAUAACAUGUUCCUAUUCCCUGGGAUUGGACUUGGCACUCUUCUAUCUGGAUCUAGGGUCAUCUCAGAUGGCAUGCUGCAGGCAGCAGCCGAGCGCCUAGCUUCGUAUAUGACAGAGGAUGAUGUGCAGAAAGGCAUAAUAUAUCCUUCAAUAUCAAGAAUACGUGACAUAACGAAGGAGGUAGCUGCUGCUGUGAUUAAGGAAGCAAUUGAUGAGGGUCUUGCCGAAGGUUACCAACGUGGAAUGGAUGGAAAAGAGUUAAACCAACUUAACACGGAGCAAAUAAUGGAAUAUGUGAAGCACAAUAUGUGGUAUCCAGACUACCCUACACUGAUUUACAGAAGAGAUUAAUCAUCCAAACCGAAUCUUCUUCGCCAAAAGGGCAUUGCGUCCGGUUGUGCAAGAUUGUCAAAGUUGAAGCAUAUUGCAGUGACAUAUCAUCGCAGAGGUUAGAGCAUUUCACCAUCGGUUUCAAUUUCCUCUUCUGUAAUUUUUAUACGUAUAUGGUAUAUGUGAUUAUGUUUUUUUAAUAUAAGAAUUAUGGGGAUUGGUUAUAUAUACUCCGUAUAUAAAAAAUAUAGUACUUCGUAUAUAAUCAUUACAUGCUCCCUUUCAUGGCUUUCAUGUUUUACUACACAACAGGAGGGUAAAUUCUUAUGGGGAGUGCUAGGGGAAUUCCACUUAGGAUACACCGAAUGUACACCAAGACAAAAUUAGUCACACUGUGCGUGCAUAGAUUUUAAGUGUCUGUGUGUGCCUAUUUUUGCUUUGGUGUACAUUUGGUGUUACCCGAAGUGGAGUUCCCAAGCAGAUUUCCAAUUCUUAUAUGCAGAUAUAAGUAAAUUUGGGCCUUAUGU